AUGUCGUCUUUGUCACCACAGCAGCAGCUCAUCGAGUACAUACAUCAUGAACGUCAAGAGGCCGGAAGCAUGCUGUGCGCGCAGCACGCCCUCAAUUCCCUCCUCCAAGGCCAAUACUACGACGCUUCGCAACUAGCGCAGAUUGCAACCGAGCUCGACCAACUCGAAGCAACCGAGCUCGGGCUCAGCCAAGCCGAUAUUGCAGCACGCGAUCGCUCGAGCCUCAACAUGGACGACACGGGCUUUUUCAGCGCAUCUGUACUCGAGAGGGCACUUCAAGUGUGGGGCAUCUCCAUCUCCAGUUGGCGUUCCGCUGAGGUGCGGGGCCGACACAGUGCUCCCGAGCGCGAGGCGGCGUUUGUGCUCAAUCUCGACAGCCACUGGUUCACCAUCCGUUCCUUUGGCACUACAAGCCAGUUUUGGUACAACCUCAACUCCUUCCUCGCAGAGCCACAGUGGAUUGGCACCAACUAUCUAGGCACCUUGCUGCAUACAGCCGAGUCGGAGGGCUAUUCGGUGUUUGUCGUUCAGGCCUCUGAGGGGAGUGCGGGACAGGGAUUGCGUGAAUCGGAUGCGGACCAGAUUGCAGAUCACUUGCCACCACCAGGUGCCGCGUCGUCCAGAAUUGAUUCCAGCUCUCAAAGUCUUGGCCUUCGCCCUGCGACCAGUUCCAACCGCUCGACAAGUCCAUUGCGCAGCGCAGCAAAGUCAGGCACUUCAUCAACCAGCUUGGGUCUUGGCGACGACGAAGAAGAUGUCGAUCUACAGGCAGCCCUCAGCGCCAGUCUGGUUCAGCACACCACUGCUUCUGGUGAUCCCGACACACCAAGUCGAUCUCGCGUUCGUCAGGUACGCAGCGGAAGCGACGAAGGUAUCGCAGGAGGGUACAGCUCCAUGGGCGAAACGGACGCCGACAUUGACGCGAUUGCACCAUCAAGACAACGGCACCGUACAGGGUUCCCGGACCCAGUCGAUGACGAUCUGCGCAGAGCAAUGGAGGCAAGUCUGUCGAGCACCUCGAAUCAGUCUUGCAGAGCAAGCAGUUCAGCUCAGAUUCUCGUCGCCGAGUCGUCGUCGUCAUCUUCAGCAUCUUCUCGGCCAGUGGGUCGAAGGAAGCGACGAGCUCAAGAACGACAAUCUGGUCUCUCACGCGAGGACGCAAUCGAUCUGGACAAUUCUCGCGUUGACGACUCUCUCUCGAGCGAUAUCGAAGAACUCGAGGCUCCGAACCUGACACAUCGCUCACCCUUUCUCAGUCCAGCCAUGGCAGCUGCCAAUCGAAACAACGCUGACGUCGAAGAGAUUGUCGACGAUGACGACGAGCUUGCCAGUGAUGACGAUCGCGCCGACCCUUUCAGCUUACGCGGUGCACCAGAAGCGAGCGCUCUCAUUGGACCACCACAGGACAGGCACUAUGACGACGAGGAUGCCGAACUCCAAGCGGCGCUGGCUGCCAGUUUGGGCGAUACAGAGGCAGCCGCCCGAUUUGCAGCUGAAAACCCCCACUAUCGCGCACCAUCGAGGCGAUCCGAGGAGCAAGCGCCGAUUCCAGAAGAUGUUGAUCGAAUCGCCAAAAUGCGCGAGGAGGCACGAAAGAAAGCACGCGAGGAGCAAGAGAGGCAGGAACGGCUGACCAGAGGCGAACCGGUAGAAGAGAAACAGGCGACGAGCUCCACUGCUGCUGCUGCUGCUGCUGUUGCAAACCUUGGGGCAAGCCAUACAGGCGGCGCAAGCGAUGCUGAUGAUGACCAAGAUGAAGACGAAGAAUCGGAAGCAGAACAAGUGAGCGCCGAAGAGAUGCGCCGGCGUCGACUGGCCCGUUUCGGCUGA